GAAAAAAAAAAAAAGAACUUCAAAAAAAAAUAUCAAAUUUAUCCUACCCUGUUUCAUCUCCUUCUAGCUCGUUCUCAAGCUUUCUUGAAAUUCCGUUGAUGGGGAUACCGGAGACAGACCCGCUAGCUCAAUUGUGCUUGCCGCCGGGUUUUCGUUUUUACCCGACUGAUGAGGAGCUUCUGGUGCAGUAUCUAUGCCGGCAAGUAGCAGGGCAUCAGUUCUCUAUGCAAAUUAUCGGUGAAAUUGAUUUGUACAAGUUUGAUCCAUGGGUUUUGCCGAGUAAGGCCAUAUUUGGGGAGAAAGAAUGGUACUUUUUCAGUCCCAGAGAUAGGAAGUACCCGAACGGGUCUCGACCCAAUAGAGUUGCCGGAUCUGGGUACUGGAAGGCCACCGGAACCGACAAGAUCAUCACGGCGGAGGGUCAGACAGUUGGCAUCAAGAAAGCACUGGUUUUCUACAUCGGUAAAGCUCCAAAAGGAACGAAAACCAAUUGGAUCAUGCAUGAGUAUCGUCUGAUAAGCAGCCAACGCAAAAAGGGAAGCUCAAAGCUGGAUGAUUGGGUUUUGUGUCGAAUUUACAAGAAGAAUUCAAGCUCUCAAAGACCCACCAUGGCGGCGAGCGUUAAUCCAAAUAAAGAGCGUAGCAAUAAUGGCUCCUCCUCCCCUUCUUCAUCGCAUUUCGACGACAUGCUCGAGUCUUUACAGGAGAUAGACGACCAUUUCCUCUCCUUACCACGAAUGAACUCGUUGAAAGCGCUUGAGAACGAUGAGCAAAUGGGAUCUCGGAAUCUCGGUUGCGGGAAUAUGAAUUUGGCGAGUCUCACUGGGCUUAACUCGGUUCCCGGAGGACAAACUCAGUUGCAGAGUCUGGGAAUUCCGACGUACGUGAACAAUGACGCGUACUUCUCCUCUAUCCCGCCGCUGUGCCACGUGGAUCAAUUGGCGAACCAGGGUCGGAACUCGGUGGAGAAGGAGGUGCAGAGUGGGUUCAGAACUCAGCGGGUUGACAACUCGGGAUUCUUACAACAGAACCCGGGUGUGUUGACUCAGAACUUUCCAAACUCGGUUGAUUCGUUCGGGUUCAGAUACCCGACCCAACCCAGUGGUUUCGGGUUUAGGCAAUAAAAAAUCAUGAAAAUUAAAAAUAAAAAGGAGAAAUUCUUUGUGGUAAUUAACCUUUUUGGUUUUGACCAGAAACCGAUGGAGGAGCGUUCUAAGGGCGAUUUGUGUACAAAGCACUUCUUUUGAGCAAGAUUUAAUUAAUCUCCUAAUUCAAUUGUAUUAGGAUUUUAAUUUUGCUUCUAAUCUAUAUGGAAUUUCAUAAUUAUCGAGUUUUGAAAACUAAAUAAGUCCUUAAGUUAGUAACUUGUUAGACCGACUUUGGUACUGUGAU